AUGUUAAGAACCAUUUAUCUGCAAGGAAAUCACUUCGUGGGUGAUAUUCCAGUAUCCGUGGUACAAUUAAGAGGUAUUGAAGUACUAGAUUUGUCUCGCAACAACUUGUCCGGGCAGAUCGUGUUCCUCAAAAACUGUAUCUUUAUUGCGUACCUCAACCUUUCUUACAAUAAUUUUGAAGGUGAGGUUCCCAAUGAAGAAAUCUUCAGAAAUAUUAGUGCCUUUUCACUGGUAAAAAAUACCAAGCUUUGUGGUGGAAUGAAAGAGUUGCAAUUGCCUGCACGCGCUCCGUUGGAGAAGAAGAACCAGAUGUCUACACAACAAGCCUCUUUGGACCCACCUUUGCCAAACCAAUAUACAAAACUCUCGUACGCAGAUCUUUUUCAAGCAACUGAUGGGUUCGCUUCAUUCAACUUGGUUGCUGAGGGAAAAUAUGGUUCAAUUUUCCAAGGUAUUCUUAGUUCAGAUGAACAAUUUGUUGCUGUGAAGGUGCUUAACCUUCAACAACACGGAGCCAUCAAGAGUUUCACAGCUGAAUGUGAAGCAUUAAGGAGAAUUCGUCAUCGGAAUCUCGUUAAGAUUAUCACUUCCUGCUCAAGCAUAGACUUUAAAGGUGAUGAUUUCAAGGCUUUGGUCUUGGAGUUGAUGCCAAAUGGGAGUUUAGAAGGAUGGUUGCACCCAAGUAAUCCUAAGUUGCAAGACCCUAAAAUUUUCAACCUUGGUCAAAGGCUAAACAUUGCCAUCGAUAUAGCCUCAGCCUUGGAUUAUCUACAUAGUCAUAGUGAAGUUGCAAUUAUUCACUGUGAUUUGAAGCCGAGCAAUGUUCUUCUUGCUGAUGAUUUUUGUGCUCGUGUGAGUGAUUUUGGACUUGCAAGAAUUCUUUCAAAAACCCAUUGUUCAUCUAAUCAUCAACAAUCAAGUUCAAUUGGGAUCAUUGGAACACUUGGAUAUAUUGCCCCAGAGUAUGGUAUGGGUGGCUUGUUAUCUACGCGAGGCGAUAUGUAUAGCUAUGGAGUCUUGUUAUUGGAAAUGUUCACUGGAAAAAGACCUACCAACAAAAUGUUCAGUGACAGUUUCAACCUUCAUAGAUUUGUAAGAAUGUCUCUUCCAAGUCAAGUAAUGAGUAUUGUCGAUCACUGCAUUUUACUGGAAGUGGAGGAGGACCGAAAUAGAAGUGGCACAAGCAACAUUGCAAAAGUGGAGGAUUGUUUAGUGUCGAUCCUUCAAAUUGGUGUUUCAUGUUCUGCUGAACUUCCAAGUGAGCGAAUAGAUGCUAGAGAUGUUCUUAUUGAACUAAAUAAGAUUAGAAAUGCAUUUCUUGCAGUGACCGGACCAUGA